GCCGUGCAAUGUGUAAUAUGUGUUUCAAUGAACGGAAUAAGUAAAUCAUUACUUACAGUUAAAACUUAACUUGAUCAAUAUGAGGGAGCUUGAAAAAUUGAUGCCUGCCCCCGCGCCGCCCGCCGAGCCGAAUGGCGCGCCGCGCAGCGAGCUCGAGCAGCUCCAAAUGCGCCAGGGACAAGUCACCGAUGAUUCAUUGGAGUCCACCCGGCGUAUGAUGCAACUAUGCGAGGAGAGUCACGAGGUGGGCAUGAAAACCCUGGUCAUGCUGGAUGAACAGGGCGAGCAAUUGGACAGGAUCGAGGAGGGAAUGGACCAGAUCAACGCGGACAUGCGCGAGGCGGAGAAGAAUCUGUCAGGCAUGGAGAAGUGCUGCGGGAUCUGCGUGCUGCCCUGCAACAAGGGAGCGUCGUUCAAGGAGGACGACGGCACGUGGAAGGGCAACGACGACGGCAAGGUGGUGAACAACCAGCCGCAGCGGGUCAUGGACGAGCGCAACGGCGUAGGCCCGCAGGCCGGCUACAUAGGCAGGAUAACAAACGACGCCCGAGAAGACGAGAUGGAAGAGAACAUGGGCCAGGUGAACACCAUGAUCGGUAACCUCCGCAACAUGGCGCUGGACAUGGGCUCCGAGCUGGAGAACCAGAACCACCAGAUCGACCGCAUCAACCGCAAGGGCGAAUCGAACGAAACGAGGAUAACGCUGGCCAACCAGCGGGCGCACGAGCUCCUCAAGUAGACGGCGGCGGCACACCACACAACACACACGCGUCUCGUGGUCGGGAACUAGUAUUAAUAGCCAAAUGUGUAAACAAAACAAACUUAGACUAAGGGUUCAUUUAGAGACGAUGCGAGAACUCGCAUGCGAAUUUCAUUACAUUGCGGUUUUUGAUCGGUCGGUUGAAUUAGACGUAACCAACAGUCCGCAAUGUAACUAAAAUCGCAUGCGAGUUCGAGCGCCGUCUAAAUCAGCCGUAAGGGUUCAUUUAGACGAUGCGAGAACUCGCAUGCGUGUUUCAUUACAUUGCGGUUUUUGAUCGGUCGGUUGAAUUUGACGUAACCAACACUCCGCAAUGUAACUAAGAUCGCAUGCGAGUUCCCGCGCCGUCUAAAUCAGCCCUUAGGUUACGUACACACUUGCGGAAGCAACCGCGACGGUGUUUAAAUACUGUUGACGGUUCAAAGCGUGCUGCGCGCGAUUGCCAAAAUCGAAAUUACCCACCUCGGUUGCAUCCGUGCUGGAUAUAUUUUAGGUUCAAAUCCUUCUAGGUCCUUUCUAGGUCUAGGUGUUUAAUUAUUAAUUUGUUUUCGAUUUUGAUAACGGAAAACUAAAUUGACACAUACCAACCUAGAACUGGCGAGAAAUGUGUACUUAAUCUGUUAAUGUUUUCGAAGACUGCAAGAUUAUGAAGAAGAGUUACAUUUUUGGCUAUUUCUAUUGAUAUAACAUACUUUACGCGAGCUAAGUUCAUGUUGCGAAUAGGCGUAAACGUUAUUUUACACAUAUACUACUUUCCAUCGACUACACUAGUCAAGAACUCGUAUCAAAAAGUCAAAUUAAACGUCUAAAUCGUUACGAUCAGUAUUUAAAACGGGAUGUCACUCGUGUCGUCUUUCAAGAUAUUUCAAGAAAAAUAUUCCAAAGGGGCAUUCCACGAAAAGGUUUACUUCGUGGGGUAUGUGACGCGUAUGGCUACCUUGAUAACCUGCAGAAAUUUGUAUUAUAUACCGUUGAAUUUAAAGCUAAGUUAUCUAACGAUAUAUAAAUGAUAGAGCUAUAUCAGAAGUGUUAGAACUGUAGCGUCACGUACACUCUUUUCUGGUAUGCCCCAAAAACACUGAUAGCGUGUUUUAAUAGUUUAAAACACGCUAUUAGUGUUUUUGGGGCAUGCCAGAAACACUGAACGUGAUAGUUCACGUUAUUCCUACUGUUGUAAGUUCUAGAAAUGGCUAAAAUUGGGAUUGACGAUACGCGUGUCUAACACUAAAGAAAGUAUCUGAAUCGUAUAAUGAGUACUUUGAACAGCUGUUGCACAGUGUAGGCGAUAGAAAGACACUAGAAAUAUAAAAAAACAGCCAAUUCGUGACACAAAACGCUCGCUUAGCCGUCGUCACUUUACACAAAUCCUACAGAUUAGAUUUUACAAAGCGGCCAAUACAAGUCAUACUUAGUUCCACUAUUUUGAUACAUUAUUUGGCGGUAGUGUCAUUGUUGUGAGGCUAUUUAAGUGUGGAAUUGGAACUAAAUGUGACUUGAUUUGUGUGAGGUGAUAACGCGGUAGUCGCUUUCUGUCCACCGGUUGCGGGUACUGUAACACUGAUAAUGUAGAUAUUCUCAAAGCACAAAAGAUGUCAUUAUUAGUCUUGUAAACAUAUACAUUAUCUACAUAGUAAUAUUAAAUCUUACGCAAUUGAGGUUCUAACAGUGAUCUCACUAUGAGGACCGAUUAAAAUUACUAAGUUAAGAAAACGUAUGGUAUUUUCGGAAAUCAACAGAAAAUUACAUACAUUUUUUGUCCCAAAUUGGGAUUUUGUAUAAUUUAUUUUCCACCCAGAAUGAGGAGCUCUUCAACUAGCCAAAUUAUUUCCAAAUCUAAUAAAAAAAUCACCAACAAAUUAAAAAUAGGCCCAUGAUGUUAACAUAGCUUCUGUCACAAUAUCAAUAACAUUAAUUAUCUCUCAAACUGACAGUAGCGGACUAAAUGACAGAUACAAUCUGUCAAUGUGGUAGAGAACCUCCAUUGUUUUGACUUAGUCUUCGCAUUUAAAUAAGUGGUGCUUUAUUUUACAUUUUACCUGUAGUUUAAUUUACGAUUUUACCCAGCUACGUACUACCGAACAGUCCCGCAACCGGUCCUAGAUAUAACUUCGAUAUUUAUAAUAGUAUCUUUGAAUGUGGAUACUUACAUUUACCCAAAUGUAAAAUUGUUAAGAUCUAAAUAUGUGUAUACAAUGCUUGGGCAUUCUACUGUGUUAAGUGAACACUGUAUUUUAACUCUCAUUUUAUACGUUUAGUUUUCUAUCUCUGUACUUCUAUCGCUCAAGAACUAUCUUACAUAUCCUAAAAACUUUCUUUUCUACUCUCUGACAUGUACUAACUUUUUGAAUCUUGAUUUUGAUACUUCAAAAAAAUAUACAACAUUUGAAUCGUAUGAUAAUGAUCUUUGGUGCUCAUUUUAUACAGUAGAUCUGUGUGCUGAAAGAGAAUUAUCAUAUAUUCAUAAAUAUAAUAUUAAUCUCGUAUAACAAUUACAACAUAUAAUAUACCUACUUAGUAAGAGGCGUUGAAAGUUAUUAUUUUGAGAUAAUGCAUUUACCUGUUGUUAACAAAUAUCAUAUCGCUAAUGUUACUGUUAGGAAUUUGCUCGACGCUUACAAUUGAAGUGUUUUCAAUCACUACUUUUUUAAAUUAUUUCUGUAAUACAGAACUAUUGUUACUUUUAACACUGUUUAAUGGAAACUCGAUAUAUUUUCUUGUUAGAAGGGGACGUGUAAAAGGCAAUAAUGUAUGGAAGGCUUGGUUUGAUAUGUGAUAAUAGGUUGAAUUAAGGAAUCAGUAUUUAGCCACGUUUCUUAUAAACUUUUAUGGAUCUGAUACGUAUCAGAUGUUUUUAUAAUUUCAUAGGAGCAUUUAUGUAAUUUUAAAAUAUUUUAGACCCAUCUAUUUUUCGUAGUAUCAGUAUACAUAAAACCAGCUAUCUGUCAGUUGAAGCUUAAUGGACAUAUCCUUGUGAGAUGACAUAUCUGCUUCUAUGAAAUUCGGCCAGUCAGUCGAUGUACUAAAUCUAAUAUUAGCCAACUAUUAUAACUACGUAGUAAAUUACUCUAAUUAUUUUCUAUUUAUUUUAUGAUUAAAUAAAAACAUUUUAAUUUAUAAAA